AUGAGUGGUGACGGAAAUCAAAUGGAAACUUUCGAUUCCUUAUUUUUGUCGAUUGCACAACAUCAUCCCCAAGGAGCCUCGCAGCUUCUCGACACGUUUGUGAAUUUCUUGGGAAGAAAAACCGAUUUUUUUAUCGGCGGACAGGAAGGAGCAUGGCAAUCGCUGGUGAUGAGCACAUUUAAAAAAUACGAGAAAAUAAGCAGGGAUGCUCACGAGGCUGAACUUAAACUAAAAAAGGAAAAAGAGGCAGUUAAAAAAGCUGCAUCUGCCAAAAAACAAGAAGCUGAAGUUGUUAAACCAGCUGAAAUUAAGGAAUUGACUGAUGCUGAAGCUGAACAGCUGCAGGCUGAGUUAAACGCUAAAAAGGGAGGGUCUGAAGCUGCACCUGCUAAAGCUGAAGAAGGGAAAGGCAAUGAUGAAGAAGAGGAGGAUGAAGCUGAAAAAGGAAAAUUGAAACCAAAUGGUGGAAAUGGUUGUGAUCUGGAAAAAUAUAAAUGGACACAGACUCUACAGGAUGUUGAGUAA